AUGUCGGUGAUGCUCACCAAGUUCGAGUCCAAAAGUAACCGCGUAAAGGGACUUGCUUUCCAUCCUACUCAACCUUUGCUGGCCGCGGGCCUCCAUAAUGGCAGCAUUCAACUUUGGAACUAUCGCAUGGGGGUGCUGGUAGAUCGUUUCGAAGAGCAUGAAGGUCCCGUUCGAGCCGUACAUUUUCACCCCAGUCGCGCAUUAUUGGUAUCAGGAGGUGACGACUACAAAAUUAAAGUCUGGGAUAUACGACCACAAAACCGAAGAUGUUUAUUCACGUUGCAUGGUCACCUUGACUAUCUCCGAACGACCCAAUUUCAUCAUGAAAUGCCUUGGAUUAUUUCAUGUUCGGAUGACCAGACCAUUCGUAUAUGGAACAGCACGUCAAGAAACUGCAUUGCAGUUCUUACAGGCCAUUCGCAUUAUGUGAUGUCUGCUUUCUUCCAUCCCAAGGAUGAUCUUGUCGUCUCUGCUUCCAUGGAUCAAACUGUUCGUGUGUGGGAUAUUUCUGGUCUUCGCAAAGGUUCUCCCAAUUCUGGUCCCGGCAAUUUCGAAACAUUCGACACAUUCUCCACUGUGAAAUACGUCCUUGAGGGCCAUGAUCGCGGUGUAAACUAUGCAACAUUCCAUCCAACGUUGCCCCUUAUUCUUUCUGCUGCAGAUGACCGGACGAUCAAGAUUUGGAGGAUGAGCGAGACUAAGGCCUGGGAGGUUGAUUCUUGUCGCGGCCACUUCAACAACGUCUCUGCGGCUAUUUUCCAUCCAAAACAUGAAUUGAUAGUAUCUUGCGGCGAGGACAAAACAGUUCGAGUCUGGGAUCUGGCUAAACGCACUGCCAUCCAAACUUUCCGAAGGGAGCAUGAUCGUUUCUGGGACCUAGCUGCGCAUCCAAAUCUCAACUUGUUCGCUGCUGGACACGAUAGUGGUCUUAUUGUCUUCAAACUUGAACGCGAAAGGCCCGCAUUCGCUGUCCACCAGAACACCCUCUAUUACAUCCGCGACAAAUACGUCCGCUCCUACGACUUCGAAACUGCCUCCGACCUCGGUCUACUCAGCGUCCGCAAAUUUGGGAGCCCAUAUGUACCUCCACGGACCCUCAGCUUCAACCCUGCGGAGAAUGCUGUCAUUGUCACCAUUUCUAGUGAUAACGGGAUGUACGAGCUGACCACGUUGCCUAAACCGUCUUCAGCUCAAGGCGGAGAGUUGAAAGAUUCAAGUGUGGAUGGGAAAAGAGGCUCUGGUAUGAGCGCAAUUUUUGUGGCCAGGAAUCGAUUUGCUGUCUUGAACAAGACCACACAACUCAUUGAGGUCCGAGACACGUCGAAUUCGGUGGUCAAAACCAUCAAGCCUCCUGUACAGACGAAUGAGAUUUUUUACGGUGGAACCGCUUGCUUGAUUCUGAGCUCGACCGCUACAGUCGUUUUGUACGAUAUCCAACAGCAGAAGACGUUAGCAGAAAUCAACAGUCCGCCUGUGAAGUAUGUCAUGUGGAAUGCCGACAGCAGUCUUGUCGCUUUAAUGAGCAAGCACACGAUAACCAUUGCGAACAGGAACUUUUCGCAGCACAGCCUCAUUCAUGAAACGAUCAGAAUCAAGUCUGGUGCAUGGGAUGACGCCGGAGUCUUCAUCUAUUCCACUCUCAACCACGUCAAAUAUUGUCUUUACCAAGGCGACCAUGGCGUUAUAUGCACGCUCGAUAACCCUGUGUACCUUACCCGUGUUAAAGGCAAAACUAUCCAUUGCCUUGACCGCUCUGCUCGUCCACGCACCAUCACGUUUGAUCCUACCGAAUAUCGAUUCAAGCUUGCAUUGUUGAAGAAUAACUAUGAAGAAAUGCUAUACAUCAUCAAAACUUCGACUCUUCUUGGACAAAGUAUAAUCGCUUACCUUCAACAGAAAGGUUACCCGGAGAUUGCCCUGCAUUUCGUACAAGACAUAAAUACACGGUUCGAGCUUGCUAUUGAAUGUGGAAACCUAGAUGUGGCGCUCGAAACAGCGGAGUCAAUCGACCGACCGGAUUGUUGGGAACGCCUAGCUCAGCAGGCCCUCAAGCAGGGUAAUCAUAAGAUUGUGGAGAAGGCAUACCAGAAGACUAAAAAUUUCGACAAGCUUUCUUUCUUGUACCUUGCUACUGGAAGUACAGACAAGCUUUCAAAGAUGCAAAAGAUUGCUGAUGCCCGGGGCAAUCCCAUGUCGAGGUUCCACAAUGCGCUAUAUGCUGGAGAUGUCAUGAGUCGUAUAUCGGUGUUAAGGGAUGUUGGCAUGUAUCCAUUGGCGUAUCUCACGGCAAAAAGCCACGGACUAGAAGAGCUCGCAGAAGAGAUUCUUGAGGCUGCCGGUCUAUCUCCCGCUGAUGUUGAUGACGUCCCUUCAUUUGGGAAGUCCAGCCGCAAACCCCCGCCCGUGAUAAAUCCCACCACAGACUUUAUCUGGCCAAGCCUUUCCACCGGUGAAAACUUUUUCGACCGUGCUCUUGCUAGCGGAAGUCUUGAGAACGGAAUUGAGCCCACAUAUGUCAACGGAGACGCUGCCGCAGGUUCAUUGGCGGCGUUGGAUGACUGGGCUAAGGAUGAGGAGGUCCAUGAAGAGAUCGAUCCUGAAGAGGGCGGAUGGGAACUCGAUGCAGGCGCUGAGUUCUCUGCUUCCCAUGAAGUGCAUGAGGAGGUCGAUGAAGAGGAAGAAGAACUUGGAGCAGGUGCUACACCAGGCAUCAGCGAAAUUGAGCAUUGGGUGAAGAACUCUCCCCUUGCCGCGGAUCAUGUUGCUGCUGGGUCUUUCGAUACCGCCAUGCAGCUUUUAAACCGCCAGCUUGGAGUUGUCAACUUCGAACCACUUAAACCCUUAUUCCUUUCAAUUUACCGCUCAUCCCAUACAUAUAUCUCCCCUGUUGCUUCUUUACCUCCCCUCCAGCUUCAUAUCCGUCGCAAUCCUUCGGAAUCGUCUCUUAGUAGAGUUUUGCCAGUGGCGGCAAGAUCUCUACAAUCUAUCCGGUCAGAGUUCGCAGAUGGUGCUCGGGAUGUGGCUGGUAACAGGCUCGUCAAUGCCCAAGCUACAUUCCGCUCUGUUUUGAGAGCACUUCUGGUCGUUGUUCUCACUUCUGAUGAGGAGGCUAAGCAGUGGAGAGAUAUGGUAACCUCCACUCGUGAAUACCUGCUUGGGGUUUCAAUUGAGCUAGAACGGCGACGGGUGGCUCAAGAAGAACCUGACAAUCUCGAAAGAAAUCUCGAACUUGCCGCAUAUUUCACUCACUGUCAGCUGCAACCAGUCCAUCUGCAAAUUGCCCUCCGUAGUGCCAUAACCGUGUUCGGUAAGGCAAACAACUCGGCGCAUGCUGCUCGCUUUGCAAAGAGAUUGCUAGAGCUAAAACCUGAUGCCAAAAUUGCUGCUACGGCCCGCCAACGUGUCGCAGCAGGUGAACGUAACCCUCGAAAUGCUGUCGAGAUAUCCUAUGACGAAUUCACGUCAUUCGAAAUCUGUGCAGCAAGCUUUACAGCUAUUUACAAAGGAUCUCCCUCAGUCCAAUGUCCUUACACUAAUGCCACCUUCCAACCGCAGUACAAAGGUUCAUUAGAUCCUCUCACAGAGUUGACUGAGAUUGGUGCUUCAGCGUCGGGUCUGCCUGCCCCCUGGUAA